AUGGUACGCCCAUUAGGCACCCUCCAGCGGCGCCCAUUAACACGAUCGCAGGUCCCUGAGUGGAAGAAAGCGUACAUAGACUACCGCGGCCUUAAGGAGAGUAUCGCAGCUGCCGUGCGCGAUGAACAGGCCCCAUCGGCGCCAAACGCCUCUCCGCCACAGAAGUCCAAGCUACAACAUUUCAAACAAGCUCGCGUGCCCUCGGUGGAUUCGUCAACCUCCUGGUCUUCCGGUUCCGAACCAUAUGCGGAUAAAGAACUUUCAUCAGACUUUCUCUCCCACGCAUGCCAAUCUCGGCCACCCGAGCUAAUUCAUGUGCACUUGCCUCGUCAUCCUGUUUCCGAACCCAAGGACGAACCGGUCGCGACCGAGGGGUCACGUCUACCGCCAAACCUGACCAUACAAACUGCCAUCACACCAACUCGCACGCCUUCUCAUCAAACACCACUGACGCCCGGUCGCUUCUUGACGGGCGCUCGACGCACCGGACAAGCGCAUGGAUCCAACGAGGCUAACCCGUCCUACGUCGCACGUACGCCUGCGACACCCAGUCGGCUGACGAAUAACAUUUGGAAAGCCGGUGUCUCUCUCUACCGUGCUGCCUCUCGUGCCUCCACCCCUGCUCGAACAUCCGUCGCGCCCGAUUCUCUAGACACGCUCUUGGAUCGUCUAUCCCCGCCUCGACGAGACAUCGUCAGAAAGCUUGACAGAGAGCUCGAGAAAAUAGAACAGUUCUAUGUUCAACGUUCACGUGAGAUCGGCGCCCAUGCUGUGAAGUUACGCCGACAAACGGAUAUCCUUUCCAUUCACCGCGAUCUCCAUCGUAUCAAGAAGCUUCACGACCAUAGCCGCGAGUGGCUCCAUGUCAUGGAUGUGCUGUCGAGGCUAAUACUUCGACCUAUGCAUUCCACACGGCCCGUGCCCUCGGACGUGGAAUCAGGCUUUGAUAAGAGUCGGGACAUCCAGACGCAAGAUGAAUCCCAAGCGAUGUCCAUGCACAGCUCGGUCGUUUCGCGCUCGCUCGGAGACUACAAACGUGCGCAAAGGAAGCUGAAGCCGAUGUUGCGCGAACAUCACCGCGUGUUGGAGGCUGUGAAUAAUUAUCGUAUCCUGAACCUGAUGGGCUUCCGGAAAGUCUUGGAGACUCUCGACAGGACGACCAAGGCUCCUUUGCGACUACAGGAGGUAUAUAUGCGGGACAGGAUAGAGCCCUGCUCUUUCGCGCGAGGUUUGGCUGUUCAACACAUGUUGAAGGAUAUAGAGGCGCAAUUUUCUACGUGUUUCUUUGAAGGAAACUACAAAGCUGCGCUCGCAGACCUACGCCAACGGUCCUCUCAAUCUGGUCACUAUCUGACCCUCUUCUCAACUGGCGCAUUACUGGGCUCGUCCAUACCCGCGAUUGCUCUCGGUGUUUACCAAAGUUUCCAACCGCACAUUCGUACAGGCAUACCUGGUUGGGACGCCCUUCUGCUUAUAUGGGGGGUGUUCUUUGUCCCUGUAUUGUUGUUGCUACUAAUCGGCACGAACCUACUCGUCUGGGCACAUCUGAGGAUCAACUACGUCUUCAUCUUCGAGUUGGACCCGCAACACAUUCAAGACCACAGGAAAUACUUCGAACUUCCCGCGCUUUUGCUUGCCACUCUGAGCUACUCAUUCUGCCUGUCGUUCUUGCGACCCGGUAUUGUAGGCGUGUCACCCCAGGCAUGGCCACUAGCAUGGUUGCUCUUUGCGUUUGCUAUGACGUUCAAUCCGCUACCUCUGUUGAACCGCUCAAGCCGGCUCUGGUUCGCUCGCAACCUCGCGCGCCUGAUCAAGAGUGGCUGGAGCAAAGUCCGGUUCACGGAGUUCUGGUUGAGCGCACAACUCGCUUCCCUUGCCUUCACGCUUGGCAACAUCUACUUCGUCGCGUGCUCGUACCAUGUCGGGUUCGACCAUGAUCCUAUGUCGGCGUGCUCUCGAAGCAGUGCUUGGGCCGCACCGGCAGUGCUGGCAGCCUUACCACUCAUGAUCCGCUUUGUGCAAUGCAUGCGUCGACAGGUCGAUACCGGGAAGACAAGGCAUCUCUUGAACGCCGCUAAGUAUAGCGUCGGUGUCGCUCAUUACGGCAUGUAUUAUUGGUGGAGAUCUGGACAGAACAAGUAUGGCACGAGCUUCGGCCUUUACUGCCUCACGGGCACCUUGUUCGCGAUCGGAUCCUGUGCCUGGGAGUUCAUCAUCGACUGGUCAGUAUUGAGACCACACGCUCGGCAUCCCUUGUUGCGGGAUGACGUGUUCUAUCCUCUGCCGGUUUACUACUUCGCUCUCUUCUCCAACAUCGUCGCACGUUUCGCCUGGGUUUGCUACAUCCCCAGUGGUGGCCUCAACUUCGCCCUUCGUACAUGGCUCGUGGCGGUUGUUGAGGUCUUGCGACGUUGGCAGUGGAACCUCUUCCGAUUAGAGAGCGAGCACCUGGGUAACAUGGACUCUUACCGUAUCAUGAGAGAACUGCCGAUGUUCUAUGCCCCGGACGAAGUAAUGCGGGCUAUGUGA